AUGUGGACCUCACUACUCAUUCUCUUUAUGCAUUUUUGUUACACAUUUCAGGACAUGUUGAAGUGCCAAACGGGCGGAAAUCUAAACGGAACGAUCACCACAAUGACGGGCGCUUCACUGCCAAAACAGACACUUCGAAAGAUUUCAACGCUAGCGGGCGUGAAAACGGGUUGCCAGAAAAGUUUGUUAAUAGCGCCGCCAAAUCCGAACGAUUAUGGGUACAUCAUCAUCUGUGAUCCUGCUUGUGAAAACUGUAGUCAACCAUCUUUGGCGAAAACAAACGCCUCGUAUUUGUUAAUACUGCAGCCAGCAACUGAUGCGAGUCCGUUCGUUGAUCAGUUCACCACGUUUACUCUGUAUCAAGCGAUGAGCACUGGUGCGUUGGAAAGCUUCGACUAUUGCACUUUUGACGGCAUUCAAGCUGACUCAAAUGAUGCUUUACGCUCUUUUUCAAAGACAUCCGUGCUUUUUGUCUCGAUUUCUUUUAUUAUUUUAAUGGUGAUCUCAUUGGCAUGGCUCGUGUUUUACUAUGUACAAAGAUUCCGAUACGCACACGCUAAAGAUCGCUUGCAAAGACGGCUAUUCAAUGCAGCGAAAAAGGCACUUGCAAGAAUUCCGACGAGAACUCUCAAAUCAGGCGAUUGCGAGCUGGACACCGAUUGUCCCGUUUGUAUUGAUCCAUAUGUGAUUGGAGACAUUGUACGAACUCUUCCAUGCAGACAUGUCUUCCAUAAAACUUGUAUCGAUCCGUGGCUGCUCGAGCAUCGAACCUGCCCGAUGUGCAAGGGAGACAUUCUAAAAGCAUUUGGCUACCAAGUCACUUGUUCAUCGGAGGGCUCUCGGGGAGAAGAGAGAGAUGUCGGUACUCGAGGCGAGUCUCCUGAACCGCCAUCUGCUGCCUCUGAUUCAGCUGUUUUCACUUAUCCACCACAACUCGAUCACCAUGAUCCAUUCCAUUUCACGCCAAAUAGCUCUCCACAAUUGGUGUUGAACAACUCGAAUGCGAAAAGCUUUGUGGUACCGCUAAGCGUGCACUCGAAAGCGUCAACAGUCCCGCAACGAGAGGUUGUUCUUGAAGCAGCUCCCGAGCGCAGCACUCGAUCCGAGGGAAGAUCUUGUUCAGCUGGUGAGCCGGGCCCCUCUCGCAUACGAUCAGCCACACAAGGACAACUCGUGAAUCUGGUACAGGUGCGUUCUCGUUCGAUGUCAGUGGCCAGAGCAGCAACAUUUCGAGGUCGAAUGGAGGCGCAGAAUGGUGGUGUUGGCUUUAAAGAGGUCGACACUCCAAAUAACGAGGCAAAAGUGCGCAGUGAAAACUCACUUCUCAUGUCGCAUUUGUGCUUUUUCUGCCCACUCGAUGGGAUUUUCGCCGAAAAUCUCAUCAUCCGUGCUCAAAAAGCGAUCAAUGACAAUCAUCAAAUUGACCCGGAACUCUUUCUUAAUGAAGAUAAUUUGACGAAAAUCGAAUGGCUUUUAUCGGUGUCUCCAUUUGGAGAAAAGAUUCGAAAAGAAACAAUAUUCGACGUAGAGGAAUCGAUUCUCGAGAUUGGACCAAGACUCUCGAUGAAGACAUCCUUUUGCACAAACGCUCUCGCCGUUCUCAACGCUGUCGAGAUUCGAAAUGUUUCCCGAAUCGAGAGAAGCAUUCGAUAUUUGUUGCACAAGAGUGUUGCCAAAAGAAUCCCCCAUCAAAGGCUUCUAGAAUUACUCGGGGACCGAAUGACCGAAUGUAUUUAUGAAGGAAAACCGAAUUUCGAACAAACAGCGAUAAAAGAACCAUUUACCGAGAUUCGACUCUUAUCGAAUCCGAAUGCUUUAAAAGAAGCAAAUGAAAAAUUGGGACUAGCAUUUGAUUCAUCGGAUCUCGAUUAUUAUAAAGAUUUAUUUAUAAACAAAUUGAAGAGAAAUCCGACUGAUGUCGAGCUUUUUGAUUUGGCUCAAUCCGACUCCGAGCACUCGAGGCAUUGGUUUUUUAGAGGAAAAUUGUUUAUUGAUGGAGAGUUGAGAGGCGAAUCAUUGAUGGACUCGAUUCGGGGAACACAAAAGUUUUCAAAUCAAAACAAUUUGAUCGCUUUUUCGGAUAAUUCGAGUGUGAUCAAGGGGUUCGAGAAAGUUCCUCUAAUGUUGCCAAAUGAUCCAACAAUCGCCUCUGAAUUGAGCAUAUCAACAAGAAGCCGCCAUUUGCUGUACACCGCAGAAACACACAAUUUUCCGACAGCUGUAUGCCCAUUUCAGGGUGCAACAACGGGAACGGGUGGCCGAAUCCGUGAUGUUCAUGCCACAGGUCGUGGUGCUCAUGAGAUCGCUGCUGUAGCUGGGUAUUCAUUUGGAAAUCUUCAUCUACCAGGUUAUGAAAUGCCUUGGGAAGAGCCUGAAGUCUAUCCGAGUGGUUUUGCUCACCCGAGACAGAUUUGCAUUGAAGCCUCAGAUGGUGCUAGUGAUUAUGGAAAUAAAUUUGGAGAGCCCGUUUUGUGCGGUUUUGCACGCUCAUUUGGUCAACGAUUGCCAUCAGGAGAGCGAUGUGAAUACCUAAAACCGAUCAUGUUUUCUGGAGGAAUUGGAUCAAUUGAUGAAGAGUAUUUGAAGAAAAAAGGAGCAGAUGCAGGGCAGCUAUUAGCAAAGAUUGGUGGGCCGGUUUAUCGAAUUGGUGUUGGCGGAGGAGCCGCGUCUUCACAAGCGGUUCAAGGUGAUCGAGAAAGUGUUCUCGACUUUGGAGCCGUUCAACGAGGCGACGCCGAAAUGGAGCAGAAAGUGCAUAGAGUUGUUCGAUCUUGUGUUGAAAUGAAUAGUGCUGAUAAUCCGAUUCUUUCAAUUCAUGAUCAAGGAGCUGGGGGAAAUGGCAAUGUCUUGAAAGAGCUUUGUGAGGGAGCUGGCGGAGAGAUUUUUGCUGAUUUCUUUGAACUCGGCGAUCACACGAUCUCGAUUCGAGAACUGUGGACAGCUGAAUAUCAGGAAAACGAUGCCAUUCUGCUCGAUCCUACAAAGAAAGAGAUCAUCGAAAAGAUUAGCAAGCGAGAAAAAUGUCCAGUGAACAUUGUAGGCAAAGUGACCGGGAAUCAAAAAGUAAUUCUUCACGAUUUCUCUAAUUCAGCCACUCAAAAGCUUCCAGUUGACUUUGAUUUGAGUAUUCUAAGCGAUCGAGAGAAAAAAGAAUUUCAUCAAAAUUCGCUUCCAAUUUUGACAUCGCCUCUAAAAAUCGUCGAUAGUUUAACAAUCAGUUCCGCGUUGGGGCUGGUUCUUCGAUUGCCUUCUGUAGCAAGUAAACGUUAUUUAACAACAAAAGUCGAUCGAAGUGUGACGGGUUUGGUGGCAAGGCAACAAUGCUGUGGACCGCUUCAUACACCAUUAGCUGACGUUGCCGUCGUCGCGCUUUCCUACUUCUCUUUGGCGGGACACAAAUCUAGGCACAUCAGCGCCUUUGAACAU